UUUCUCUUCUUGUGAUGCGUCGCAGUUGUGGUACUCCCAAGGCCUCCCCGCAGUUUUGAAAGGACUGAUCCUCACAAUCUCCAGAUGCCAGCGAGGAUCACCCGGCACAGGCAAGCCGUUUCUCUCUCUCUCUGCGCCCUCCCUUUCCACACGACCCCGCGAGAACACGGGUUGCGAGCCUGUGGACGGCUCUGGCUCGCGGAUUCGGACCAUCCCUGCGCCUCCUCCUUUGUUCGGAGCUUCCUCUCUCCCGGCAAGGCAGGCACCAUGGAAGCCUCCGAAAGGCACGCAGUUCUCUCCGUCGUGAGGGAUGUGGCCGGGAGCCUGAGAUGCAGGAGUCUGCCUGGGGUGAUGGGAGGCAAACAGAAGGGACAAGCAAAUCGCACCCCCAAGCCUAAGGAUGCUCAUGUCUGUGGCCGAUGCUGUGCCGAGUUUUUUGAACUCUCGGAUCUCCUACACCACAAGAAGAUCUGUACGAAAAACCAGUUGGUUUUAAUUGUGAAUGAAAGCCCUGCUUCUCCUUCCGCAACCUUCCCUUCGGGCUCCCCUGCCGCCCGUCCUGACGAACGGAGGAAUGACACCGUCGCCAACAUGGACCGUGUAGAUCCCAGCGACCUUCCGGAGCAGAGCGGCAAACUUGACAAGGCAGAAUCCAUGGACGUGGAGGCUCCCAGCGCUCAGAAGAGCACCAGCGGCAGCUCCCAGAACGUCAGCAGCAGCAUUGCAAGCAGUAACGGCUCCACGAUGGGUACCUCAGCUAUCACAACCUCUCUACCUCAACUGGGGGAUCUGACGACGCUGGGCAACUUCUCGAUGAUCAACAGCAAUGUCAUCAUUGAAAACCUCCAGAGCACGAAAGUGGCCGUGGCCCAGUUCUCGCAGGAAGCCCGCUGCAACGGCGCCUCUGCAAGCAAGCUGGCCGUCCCCGCCCUCAUGGAGCAACUCCUGGCUCUCCAGCAGCAACAGAUCCAUCAGCUGCAACUGAUUGAACAAAUCCGUCACCAAAUAUUACUGCUGGCUUCCCAGAACGCUGACCUGCCCACCUCUCCCAGCCCAUCUCAGAACACGUCACGAACAUCUGCCAACCCCUUGUCCACAUUAAGUUCCCAUUUAUCCCAGCAGCUGGCCGCCGCGGCUGGACUGGCCCAGAGCCUAGCUAGCCACUCUGCCAGCAUCAGUGGUGUGAAGCAACUUCCCCCUAUACAGCUACCUCAGAGCAAUCCUGGCAACACUAUGAUUCCAUCCAGUAGUGGCUCAUCUCCAAAUAUUAGUCUCUCGGCAGCACCGUCCUCCGACAAAGUGGCUACAAGCACUGGUGGCCCACAGCUCUGCAGUCCGCCAGCGACCACGUCAUCUUCACCAGCUUUUGCAAUAAGCAGUUUAUUAAGUCCUGUCUCAAAUCCUCUUCUACCUCAGCCCGCCCCUAGCAACUCUGUGUUUCCCAAUCCUUUGUCAAAUCUCGGCACAUCUGUGGAGGAUUUAAACUCCUUGGCGGCUUUGGCCCAGCAGAGAAAAAGUAAGCCCCCCAGCGUCACUGCCUUUGAAGCAAAAAGUCCUUCCGAUGAAGCAUUCUUCAAGCAUAAAUGCAGGUUCUGUGCAAAGGUGUUUGGGAGCGACAGUGCCUUGCAGAUCCAUUUACGUUCUCACACUGGAGAGAGGCCGUUUAAAUGCAACAUCUGUGGAAACCGGUUUUCCACCAAGGGGAACUUAAAAGUCCACUUCCAGCGUCAUAAAGAAAAAUACCCUCACAUUCAAAUGAACCCUUACCCCGUGCCAGAGCAUUUGGACAACAUUCCCACAAGUACAGGUAUUCCAUACGGAAUGUCGAUACCGCCGGAGAAACCGGUAACUAGCUGGCUGGAUAGUAAGCCCGUGUUAUCGACUCUGACGACUUCUGUUGGCCUACCACUUCCACCCACAAUUCCCAGCUUGACACCUUUCAUCAAAACAGAGGAGCCUCAGCCUAUUCCCAUCACUCACCCUUCGUCCAGUCCCCCAUGUUCUGUCACCAGUGAUUCUGGCUCCGUUGAUCCUUCCGGAAAAAACUCAAAUGGGCAUCUAAUUGAAGGGGAGAUGGGGUCUUUGCUAUCCUCCACUGGGAAACCAGAAGAAGCCACUCAGACAUCCAGCACCUCCACUAGUCUUAGCAAUUCUGUCACCUCACCAGCCGCAGAGUCUGGCUCUCACAAUGUGGUCACUUUUACCAAUCCGCUGAUGCCUCUCAUGUCCGAACAGUUUAAGGCCAAGUUUCCCUUUGGAGGCCUAUUGGAUGCCACGCCAGCCUCUGAGACCUCAAAACUGCAGCAAUUAGUGGAGAACAUCGACAAAAAGGCAACUGAUCCCAACGAGUGUAUCAUUUGCCACCGUGUGCUGAGUUGCCAGAGUGCUUUGAAAAUGCACUACCGCACGCAUACCGGCGAAAGGCCAUUUAAGUGCAAGAUCUGUGGCCGUGCCUUCACCACGAAAGGCAAUUUGAAGACCCAUUAUAGCGUUCACCGUGCCAUGCCCCCACUGAGAGUGCAACAUUCCUGCCCAAUUUGCCAGAAAAAGUUCACCAAUGCUGUCGUGCUACAGCAGCACAUCCGUAUGCACAUGGGAGGCCAGAUACCAAACACACCUGUGACAGAGAAUUAUCCCGAGUCCAUGGAAUCUGAUACAGGAUCAUUUGAUGAGAAGAACUUUGAUGACCUGGACAACUUCUCUGACGAAAACAUAGAAGAUUGUCCUGACAGUAGUGUGCCAGAUACACCGAAAUCAGUUGAUGCAUCUCAAGAUAGUUUAUCUUCUUCCCCAUUGCCACCGGAAAUGUCAAGUAUUGCUGCUUUAGAAAAUCAGAUGAAGAUGAUCAAUGCAGGCCUUGCCGAACAGCUUCAAGCCAGCUUAAAGUCUGUAGAGAAUGGGUCAAUGGAAGGAGACAUCAUGACCAACGAUUCCUCCUCUGUCGGUGGUGAUAUGGAUAGCCAAAGCUCUGGAAGUCCUGCUAUCUCGGAGUCUACCUCUUCCAUGCAGGCCUUGUCCCCAUCCAACAGCAUGCACGAUUACCACAAAUCGCCAAGCGUUGAAGAGAAACCACCCAGAACUUUACCGAAUGACUUUGCCAACGGUUGGCCUCCAGCCCUUGCAAAUGGCGGUGCUUUGGACUUGACUUCGGGUAACCCGGAGAAAAUGAUCAAAGAGGAGUCCUUGAGCAUGCUGUUCUCUUUCCGCGACAGAGGCAAACUUAAGAACACGGCCUGCGACAUCUGUGGCAAGACGUUUGCCUGUCAGAGUGCCUUGGACAUUCAUUACAGAAGUCAUACCAAAGAGAGACCAUUCAUUUGCACAGUCUGCAAUCGUGGCUUUUCCACAAAGGGUAAUUUGAAGCAGCAUAUGUUGACACAUCAAAUGCGAGAUCUACCAUCACAGCUCUUUGAACCCAACUCAAACCUUGGCCCUAAUCAGAACACCUCCAUGGCACUUCCAGCAAACUCGCUCUCCGCUCUCAUAAAGACGGAGGUCAACGGUUUUGUCCACAGCAAUCCUCAGGAUAGCAAAGAGACAUCGCCUGGCCUACUUCCAUCUGGGCCUUUGCCCCCUUCAUCGACGUCGCCAGUUUUGCUUCCCGCUUUACCCAGAAGGACACCGAAGCAGCACUACUGCCACACGUGCGGGAAAACCUUUUCAUCAUCCAGCGCUUUGCAGAUUCACGAGAGGACCCAUACAGGGGAAAAGCCUUUUGCCUGCACUAUAUGUGGAAGAGCUUUCACAACAAAAGGCAACCUUAAGUGUCUCUUUCAGGUUCACAUGGGCACUCAUAUGUGGAACAGCACACCUGCCAGACGAGGCAGACGACUUUCUGUGGAUGGCCCUAUGACUUUUCUUGGAAGCAAUCCUGUCAAAUUUCCAGAAAUGUUUCCAAAAGAUUUGGCUGCACGGUCAGGAAACGGAGACCCAUCUAGCUUCUGGAAUCAGUACGCAGCUGCACUCUCCAAUGGCUUGGCCAUGAAGACAAAUGAGAUUUCAGUCAUUCAAAAUGGCGGCAUCCCCCCAAUACCUGGAAGCAUGGGCAAUGGGGGUAGUUCCCCAAUUAGCGGCUUGACAGGAAGCCUGGAGAAACUCCAGAAUUCAGAGCCGAACGCGCCUCUAGCUGGUCUGGAGAAAAUGGCAAGCAGCGAGAACGGGACUACCUUCCGUUUCACGCAUUUUGUGGAAGACAGCAAAGAGAUUGUAACGAAUUAAGACAAAUGUUACGAACGUUCCUGCAGAUAUUGCAACCUAAGGUUGUGUGGAGUUUUUCUGGGUUUUUCUUUUGGCAAAUCGACAACACGGCAACAUUAUAAAGACAUCCUUUUGUACCUUGUUUGACUUCUAGAGUUCUAAAUCAGCUUAUUUAUUAGUGAUAUAACCUUUUUUUUUUUUUUUUUGCUUUGCAAACACAUGCAAGCAUUAACUUUGGUCUUCUGUAUUUUGAACUAAAUACUAAUUGACUAGAGUGUUUAAACUUGCUGUAACAUUUAUGGCAACGCAAGUCUGUCCGGCUAGGUGGUCUCGUACCGGCAUUUAACUUAUUUUCUAUAUCCAGUUUAACAUGAACUUUGGGGGGUGCGGGGUGUGAUGCAAUGCCUCCAUAAUGCGUUUUCUCUCUCUUGUAACAAAUGUCUGUAUAUGUGUAUACUUCAAUCCCGUUGGAAGUUUUAUCAGCAAAUAUGUUGGUUUAAUUCUCCAAACAGAUUUACACAGAGGAUUGAAAACGAAGCGUAUAAAAUGGAACCAUCUGCAUCCAUCACAACAGCCUCAGUUGUGUGUUCUUUGGUUUUUUAAUUUUAAUUUUUAGAAUAAAAAUUAAAACGGCUUUAAUUUUUUGUAGAUGUAACGUUUUCCCCACCCCCUCUCUCUUUUGAAUUGUCCUUUUGUAUUGUGCUUUUUACUGGAGUCGUCUUUAGAUGUUAAUAAGUUUCUGUACAGUAAAUAAGCACGCAGAUGAUUAGCGGAGAUCCAAAAGUGUUGUUUUGGUAGUUGGAAUCUUUUGCCUUGUAGGUAUAUUCACUAUAGGAAAAAAAAAGUGCUGGACUUUGACAAUGCUGCUAUAAAAAGCAUCUUGAACAACCUUCCAUGGACACAUUAAGAUGCUCUUGUACAUACGAUGAGAAAUAUUGAGUUCAUUAAAAUGUACAUAUGUUCCCGAUGAGCUCAAACCCAAGUUCUUGAGCAAAAGAACAAGUAUAGUGUUUGUUUUAUUUUGUAUUAGGUAUGGCGGGGGGAAGAAUCCUUUGGACUGUUAUAUGCACUUUCUUGGAAAGCUGAAAGGAAAAAAAUAGGUCCAGUUUCUUUUAACAUUUAAUACUUACUAACAGCAGAGAUACUGUAAUUUUACGCGAGUAAUCAAAUACAUUUUUUUUUCAACAGA